ACGUCGAGUCGACACACGUCGUGUUCUUCUUCUUUGCGAGUCGGUGGCUGUUUUGCUAUAUUUCAUGUAUUUGAUAGCACAGUCUUAACGUAACGGAUUAUUGAUAUUAUUACAACGAAAAUAGUGUCAUUAUGAUGCCAAAGUCAAGCCUCCUACACGCGGUAUCAUCUUAUCACUCAUAUUAGUUCUAGUGAUACGAGCGCGAACACGUCGGGACUAUUCAUUGUGAUGUGAAUUUGUUAUAGUGUAUUCAGGUUUAAAUUCUGUGAUAUUUUGUUAAGUUAUCAAAUUCGCGAAUAUGGAAAGCACACUUGAUCUUCCAGAAUUAGAGAAAUUGAGAAAGGAAACCUCAGAAAAAGAUGAAAGUAAAGAGAGUAGUACAGACAAACAGAGGAAAUGGAAGUUCCUUCUUGAACCAGCUCUGGUCGGAGCUAUGAUGGCUAUUAACCUAGGACAGACUUCUUUGCAGAACUUCUAUCUUAGAACAGCAUGUUCUGUAGACCUGGGGAACAGUUUAGAACUCUGUGAAUCAGUGCACGGAGGACAAUUAGAAGCCGAUAGCCAAAGAGUAGUCUCAGGUGUGAACAUCAGCAGAAGUUUUGUGGGUUCACUCAUCGCUACCGCGGUUCUCCUAUUCGUUGGACCUUGGAGUGACUGCAGCGGCCGGAGGAAACCUCUCCUCAUUCUGCCUCUUGUCGGCAUGAGCGUUAUGACCAUUGGUGUGCUCCUAAUGUUGACUUUCCCUGGAGCCUCCACAGUGCAAGUCUUGUAUGCUGUUCAGAUACCAAUAUCAAUGGGAGGAAAUUUUGGAUUGCUUCUAGCUGCUGCUUUUAGUCAUAUUGGUGAUGUGUGCCACGCGAGUGGUCGCGACGUGACCCGCACGAUGGGCACGCACCGCGCCGCCAUCCAAGUCGCCCACGUGGUCGGCUCAGUCAGUGGGCCCCUGCUCUUCCGCAACUUCGGCUACUACGGUGUGUUUCCCAUAGUUUUAUUGCUGCAGCUGUCAUCACUGGUGUACGUAAUAUUCGCCAUGGAAGAUGUCAAUGUGAACACUGAGAAUAAGGUAUCUGUGUGCAACUGGAAGCUUCCGUUCAACGCCAUCAGCUGUUUGCUGAGGAAAAGGGAGGGGAGGAAGAGGUUCAUCAUACUACUCAUGUUGGUGGUAGCACUUGGAGAUAGGAUGCUUUUAUCAGCUGAAGUACUGUUGUCGUACAUGUUCUAUCGAUACAAAUUCAACUGGGAUGACAUCAUGUUCGGAUCAUUCAUCGCCUACAGAAAUGUUACCAGCUUUGUAGGCACGUUACUAAUCUUGACAAUACUGAAGAAGAGGCUGAAUCUAUCCGACGAGAUGGUUGGCAUGAUGAGUUGUGCGUCCUACGUGUUGGCUACGUCAGGGCUCAUCGUCGCUAGCACCACAUUCUGCGUGUUCUUGCUCCCAAUCAUCGGUAUUAUAGCACAAGGUUCCCAGGUGGUUCAGCGACCUAUAUUGAAUAAGCAGAUUCUACCAACCGAACAAGGUAAAAUAUACAGCGUACUGGGAGCCCUGGAGUCAGCCACGCAGACAAUAUCUUCCCCUCUAUACUCCUUGCUGUACAAGAAAACCGUAGCCAAUACUCCAGAUGCCUGGCUUAUCCCAGGAAUCAUUCUCGCCGUACUACAAGCAUUAUCUUAUUUUACCACCAAACGACUGAAUAGCAAUAAAAACCCACCACCCGUCGAAAGCCUUGCCAAGAAAAAUAUACCCUUAGAACCAAUAAAAACAUCGAAAGCUGAAAAAGUAGAAGACAAGUCAGAGUCAAGUGAAAAACCGACGAAAGAACAAUCGGCUAGUCAAAUAAGUAGUCCUGAUUAGUUGUAUAGGUAUUGAAAUAAAGUCUUUUUAAGAAAA